CCUUUUUUCUUUUUGAUCAUAUUAGAGCUAUUUUCAAAACGUUCUUACAGAACCGGUUAAAGACCUUUUCUUGAUUGCGUUUUGCCAUCGUUCGAGUCUUCUGCUAAGUCGUGACUGGCGCCCCAACCUUACGCGCGUAUCGUACAAAGAGGAGAUGGCCUGGAUGCCUUUUUUCGUCGUGUACCGUUAUCGUAGAAGAAGAGCUUAGGUUCUGCGAACACGAAGCUAACGCUUAUUUCUCUUGUGUCCCUUCACAAGCGUCUGAUCGAAACGUUUUACCGAGCACGCAGGAGCUUAAUUCGUUACAAAUAACUUAUCUUAAGGUGUUUGUGUUUAUAGAAAUCAAUCGAUUUCAUUCAGUAUAUUUCGUUCGUUCUAUGAAAUCGGUUUUUUCAUUUAGAACGUAUUCCUGUUGCACGUGCUUCUCGAGUCAAGGACGAGAAUCGACUUUGAACUACGUCAGGAACGUGUUGUGCUUCCUCUUUUUUUUUCUUCUUAUCAUCGAAAGCGAUUAAGCCAAAUCUAAAAAAUGAAAGUGACAAUGACGUUAUUCGCUUUAAUAUUGAUAUGUUGGAGCAUCGUUCAGAUCGAAUGUCGAUCUAAUAAUAAGAAAACGAAGCAAUUGUCGUUACAAAGUAAAGAAACCAAUCCAGUGAAUUUUAUAAGGUUGCUCGUAAUGAGACUUGUUUUUGGUGUAGCGACGUCGAUGGGAUUAGGUGAAAAUAUUUCUGGUGUUCUUGGAGGAAUAUUUGUGCCUCCUGGCGCGGAAGAUUACGCCGAUUAUGCCGACGAUGAUCUGAUCCCUGAUUUAUUCUAAUGAUUACAUGAAUUU